UUUGAAAUUUACUCGGUGGUUCGUUGCUGUUAAGUUUGUUGUUUUGAUAGAAGAGUAAGAAUCUGAGCAAUUUUAGUAUCAGAUAAAUUAACAGUUUUCACUUGAUUUCUCUUGAAUUUGAUUUGAACUCGAAAGGUAUACCUCUAUCGGAAAAAUGAAAAUGACAGUUGAGUUGUUGGCGCUCUUGCUCGUGAGUGGAGUUGCAUUCGUGUCAGCAGGAGUGACUGACAACCAAGCCGAGCAGUGGAGCGAAGUUGACGGCUCGGAGUCAGUCUGCAAGACGGAUCUCGAAAAACUGAGCCAGGCGAGCUCGUCAUUUGGAACUUGGCUCUCACAGAAACAAUGUCCAGCUACCAACAUCCAGUGUGUAGAGAAGUUUCAGAAUCCGUUCAUUGACGAAGGCUACUUCGAGGUAGACGGUGGCUUCCCUGAAAACGCUAAACUCUACGUGUACCAAAUCAUCUGCUACAAGAGUACGGGCGUGACUACCAAUGAAGAGGGGGAGGCCAGCUUCGUCAUGUUUGUUAGUACUGGAGACGACCAAGGGGUGCCGGCAGAUAUGACCGAUAAAACUAAGAAUUUCUUCAAAAUCGAAGCAGAUAUCGAUUACCAGAGCUUCAAAGCUUACAUGAACAACUUCCCAGUGCUGAAUGGGCAGAUUGGGGUUGUGAUGGCUCUGCUGAUAUCUGGGAUCGCACGACACUUCAUGUGAAGCUGAUUUAUCAAACAGAGAUCUACUACGGAAUGCAGAUACAAUAUAUAACUGAUUCAAAUGUAACACCUAGAUUAUGAACCAAUAUAAAACCGAAAUUAUCUGUGGAUCUAUCAAAUUUUUGAAUUAUUUUUUAAUCUUCAAUAACCUUUUAACCGCUUUAAUUCACAAUUUCAAAAAUCA